CAGUAACUUGUCAAUCAAGCAAUUCCUAGCUUCGACCAUCCUAAGAAAAACGCCCUUUUACCGAAAAUACCCUCACUUUAUCUCUUAUUCCCCAAAAAAACCCACCGCCUUAACCUCCUCUCAUAAAAUCUCGCCUCCCCCUUUUAUUCUCCUCUCCAAAACCCUACGAUCAUCAGAUGCCCAUCCGCUCCUCAGAUCGAUUGCCGGAACCCUACCGGACUCCGUUAAGAGACCGUCAAAAAUGACGGAACAGCAACCCUCUGCCUUCUUCCCCGUCGUCUUCUUCGACGGAGAUCGCGAUGUCGACAUCGGGUCCAUCGCUGUCACCGCCUCCCUCGAUUUCAGGAAGUUUCAAUCGAUGAUCGCUCAAAAGAUCGGAGCCUCGCCUCAUCAGAUCUCGAUCUCUCUGGUUCGCCGAAAGAAGGCGCGAUCGUCGCCGGAGAUCCAACGGAAGGUGCCGAUCGAUGAAUUGACGGAUUUCUCGGCGAUUGCGCUCGAGCGAGAUUGCUUCGUUCUUGUUGUGAGGCGGGGAUCUAGGAGCGGGCGAAGAGGCCGAGGACGGCGAGGGCGCGGUGGCGGCGCUGAGAAGAAGAUGGAGGCGGCGAUCGAUGUGGUGCCGGAGAUGACGAUCCUGAAGCGGAAUCAUCAAGAAGAUCGUGUACCGAUCGGAUCGCUAGGGUUUUGGGACUACGAGGCUCAGCUGAGGAAUCUGCAGCGUAUGAGAGAGAGGUACAUGAUGUCCGCUGCGCUCUACUAUCCCUACUCGCAAUCGCCGCCGGCCCUUCUUUCGGAGGCGGAGGUUACACGUUGUCUCCGCCGGCGACGCCGCCGGCCAUUCUUUCGGCAGGGCGGAGCGUCACGUGUGUUCUCCGCCGGCGACGCCGACGCGUUUUCUUUCGGGAGGCGCGAGCGUACACUUGUCUCCCGGCUCGCCGCCGGGUGUUUGUGCGAGCGACUGUGCGCGGAGGCGAAGAGGGCCGGGAAGUCCGCCGCGGAUUUCACGGGUGCGUUUAUCGAUAGAUCACCGUCGGGUUUCAGGCACUGGCUGGCCCAUCGAGAGGCCCACCAAGAAGAAUGCUGA